UCCACAGCAUUACUUCGACUCAUACCAGUCGUGGCGUCCUCAGUUUGACCCUACGCACUGGCAGUCUAUUUCCACGUAAUUAUCGGUGGGGUAGUAACUUUGCGAUGUUGUCACACUAAUGUUGUGUGCACUGUAUAAGAAUGUAGUUCAACAGGACUAUUUCCCACUGUGAUUUCCCGUCGACAAUGGACGCGCUCAAACGCUUGCGACAGUUCUUUGGUCUUGUCGGUGGUGCACUAGGUCGCGGUGACCGAGCAUCUCUUGUUCAGCUUUCGGACGAUGGUAUUCCUGCAAGCCCGACUCCGAUUGUUGACACUCCCAAUAGAACUUCCGAUGAUCAGUUUUCAAAUGGAUGCCUCCCUAGUACUUCUGACUCAGAGGAUUCUAGUAGUGCUCUCUGUAUCAAAUCAAGUGAUAUCCUCAGGCAAACCAGCUACCCGGUCGCCUCGGGUGGUCUUGGAGAUGUUUACAAGUGUACAUGGAACUGCGGCGCAAGUUCGGAUGAGGUCGCGGUCAAAUCCCCACGGUUCCCAAACCUGAGUGAUCGUGAAUAUGUUAGAAUCAAUAAGAACCUUGACCGCGAGAUCAGUAUAUGGGCUGCGUUGAAGCACCAAUAUGUUUUGCCCUUACAUGGCACUGUAGAACAGUUCGGCCCAUUUCGCGCAUUGGUUUCCCCCUGGAUGCCGAACGGGACUUUGAACUCUUACCUUAGUGCCCAUGAGACCCUCUCAAUGGUGGAUAGGCUUCGGCUGCUUAAACAAAUUACUGAGGGGCUCCAGUAUCUCCACGACCACAACGUGAUACACGGUGACCUCACCAACAAUAAUGUUCUGGUUGCUGCCGAUGGAUCUCCUCGUCUUGCAGAUUUCGGCAUCUCCAAUCUCAUGGUGCAAACCAACCCCGCCUUUUCCUACCACACCGGUGCAGUACGUUGGGUCGCUCCAGAGCUCAUUAACCCCCCGGAAGAUCAGCCCAUACAAUGCGCGACUAAAUCUACCGACAUGUAUGCUCUCGGCGGUAUCAUGCUUCAGGUCCUAUAUGGGAAACAGCCUUACUGGUGGCUGAAGUUCGCCAUACAUGUUAUUUCUGCUAAGUUCAGACAUGUAGAGCCCAUCGACUCCUCCAUUGAAAUCCAACCUAAUCACCUGGAUUUCAUGCGGCGGUGCUGGUCGACGACAAAGGAGGAUCGUCCGUCAGUAGAAGAGGUGAUAAAUUACCUUCAAGAAGCACUGCCAGUCGAAUGAGACUUCGUGUCUAUAUUGGUUCUGAAGCUAUCCUCUUGCUUGUCUUUAUGUUAAUUCCGGUUGUGUCCUAUGACUAUUUAUCAUGUUGCUCUAUGUA